UCUCCAGGGAUUCUCCUCAAGGCCUGGCGACAUUUGACGAAGAUAAAGCACCGGAAGGGACGAUAAAAGAGCUAUCGCUCGCGUGCCGGAAACAGUGUUCCCGCCCUCAGCUACAAAAACUAUAGCCCUGAAUAAAAGGAUGAAUUUUAGCUCCCAUUCAUGUACUCGCCGCGCUUAAUGGUGUAUAAACCCGAUUUGCUCUUUCGUGGGAAUUUUUUCGAUCGUAUCAGUUAUCGCGAUCGAUUGUAUAAUUACAAAAGGUAUCUUGUGUCAGUGUACGCGAAUUGUGCACUUGGGUAUAUUAUACUCACGUCGAGAUGAAGUGUCCCUCGGUGAUCUUGUUGCUGUUCGUUUUUUUUGGCCAGUGCAUCGUUUGCUCUUGGCAGGUGCAGAUCCGAUGUCCCGUGAUGCGAUUGAAUAACGGAAAGAUUCGCGUUCGGGCUCGAGGUCGGAUUGUAAGAUUUAAUUGUCUCGAUGGAUUCACUCUCGUAGGCAAUAAGUAUUCCACGUGUGUGCGCGGCCAGUGGGACACACCUACUCCCGUGUGUGUGAAUGCGGAGUGUCAUCCACCGCCUACACCGGCUCAUUCACUUAUGGCACAAAAAUUGGACGGCGCAAUAUUGAUGUUCUUUUGCGAACCUGGCUAUACCCUGAUCGGCAAUGCUGAGAUUUAUUGUGACGGAGUCCAAUGGAACGGAACGAUUCCUUAUUGUCGAGACACGAAAGCACCAGCGCCCGCGAAAUGCGAUUUCGAGAGUACGGAUCUGUGCUGGUGGGAACAGGACCCGCAACACGAUUUUGACUGGAAACGCCAUAAUUUCGAGACACCGAGCUUGCACAUCGGUACCGGUCCUACGCACGAUCAUACGCUAGGAGCCGGAAACGACGGUCAUUAUCUUUAUAUCGAGGCAUCCGGACGAUUGGUGAACGAUACGGCAAGAAUUAUAUCUCCCCUGUAUAAUUCCUCAUUGACUGAAUCGGGCUGUUUCUCGUUUUGGUAUCAUAUGUACGGUGCCACAAUCGGUUCAUUGAAUAUUUAUUUCAAGCAAGAGGAUACUCAAUCGCGGUUGAUGUUCACCAAAAGCGGAAAUCAAGGGAAUCAAUGGUUUCAUGGUAUCUUUGAGUUACCGAAAACUAAUAUCAGCUUUCAGAUUAUUAUAGAAGGAGUGCGAGGUAGCAGUUACGUGAGCGAUAUCGCGAUAGACGAUAUCGCUAUUUUACAGGGGAACGAGUGUAUGAUUAAGAAUGAAUCUACCAGCGUAACUGUAGGCGAUGAUGAUCAAGUGGAAAUAGUCAACGCGCAACAAACCUGUCGGAAUAGAUGCGUUUUUUCUUCGACGACCCCCAUUUCCUCCGACGCAUCUUCUAAUAAUUCAUUUGGGCCGGAAAGUUGCCUUUGUACGGUCGAUUGUGCGGAACGCUCUAUAUGUUGCCCGGAUUACGCUGAAUAUUGCAUACUGGGAUAUAGCACCGUUAUGACAGUACCUGAAGAUAUAACGACAUCAUUGAGUACUAACACUACGAUUUCACCGGUGAGAAAUUUUACUCUGACAGGAUUUCCUAUGAAUCCGAAGGAUGACAUCGACCCAAGUAUAUCUAACUCAACGACGUCGACGAUUACGCGAAGACCUAUCACGACGGUCAAGGUUCAAACUAAGAGUCCGUCACGGGUAACAAUACCGAUUAAAUCAACGUGGCACGCAGAAACGAAGGAAACGCCUUUCGAACCCAAGAUAACUCUCACAACGAAAUACAUAGAACCUCAGGAUCGAUCUGAUCUGCACAUAGAACAGAAUCCAGAAAAGAAGAAACACGGUAGAGGUAUCGAAAUCUUGGAGAUAGUCUUCGCAAUCGGCGCGACUUUGGCCGUCCUUUCCGUGGCACUCGUGAUCACGAUCAUCGUUAUUAGGAGGAGGAAAACUUAUAAGAGAGGAGCGAGCGGUUCGGCGCUCUCGGAGGACAGCGACAUGCAUUCUGCUAUUGCCACCAUCAUCAUCGCUGUCGGCUGUUUUCUCGUAUUGAGAGCAGCGGCAGAAGAGGCUGUUCAACAGAGUCAACAAUCGCUAGACUUCAAAAAUGUCGCUAUCGAGGAUCAAAUCGAUGACGUCAGGGUCAAUCCCAGGGAAAAGAGAACGUUGUUUUUGAAGAAAAAACUGCUCGGUGCUGGUCUUCUUGGUUUCGGUCUGGGCGUUGCAAAAGGUUAUAAAGCCGGUUACUACAGCGCACCGGAACUACAUCAUGUUUACGUUUCGCCUCCAGUGAAAUACGUGGAAUACGUCGAGAAACCUGUUUUUAUUGAGAGGAUCGUUCCGAAACAUAUUUACAAACCACAUAUUGAAUAUGAUGCGCCAGCCUGGUCGCAACCAGAUCCUUCCUACGGGUAAGGGAAACCAGCUGCCCUAUCUUCUGCCUUUUUAACGAUUAAUAUAUAAUUGAAAUACUAAAAUCGUGUUUUUAAAAUAUAUUUUAUUGUAUUAAAUGUGAAUUAGCUCGUUUUAUGAUACAAACGAUAAUUUGAUUUUGAAAGAGUUGUAACAUGAUGUCUAGAAUAAUCCAACUUCCUUAAUUUGAACGAGCGGAUAUUAAAGAUAUAGCUUAAAUGAUUUAUUCGUGUAUUUGAUUAUACAAAAAAUUAUCUUCUGCUAAUCUCUCUCACAUUUUUUGUAUUUUUCUUUGCAGCGGCUGGUAAAUCCGGAGUACAAUUAAUUGAUUUGAUCUCCUCGUUUUACCUCGAGAUUUUAGGAACAGCCAAAAAUUUUGCACGUUCAUCGUGUUGAGUCUCAAUCCGGUCGUCUAACUUUAAGUAUAAGCAUGACAUUAUUUAGCAAUAAUAAUUAAAAGAAACAGUUAUUUUUGUUACCAAUGUUAUAAACUAAUAAAUCAUAGUUUGUAAAUAUUCAGAAGCAAACUUUAUUUAUAUCUCCUGUUUCCACAGAAAAACUUUGUAAAAUUUUUUAAAGAAAAAAAAAUGUUGUUUUUAAUCUUUCAGAGUAAUAAAUUGCUUGCUGAAAAGGCUUACGCAAAAAGACAAGACUUUCAUUGAACAAUCAUAUGGCCGUAUGAUUAUCUUUAUUGCCGAAGAUGUUACCAAGUAACAUUGAAAUAUUAAUAACGAGUAUAUAAUCGCAUGAUGCGUCUGAAAUAUACAAAUAUCCAAUCCUCGCCAUCAAUUUCUCGCUAUAUGCUAUAUGCGUAUAUUUAGAUAUUCUUUUUCGAUAACAUCUUUUAACAUGUAACACAUUCAUACGUACAAUUAACUUCUCUUCUAUUCACAGUCAGAUACAGAUGUAGAAACAGUAAUCAGUAGCGUCGCGAAUGCGUCCUGCCACUUUAAGUAAACACUAUUCAAUAGAGAAAUAUGAGAUACUUGAUUAUUUUAAAUCUGUAUAUUAAUUUUUUUAAAUCUGUCAAACGUGUCAGAACAUACGAGAAUGCACAAUUUGUCUAUUAACAAUUUCAAUCAUUUGUAAUAACUGCAAUUUAAAGAGCUCUAUUAGUUAAUUAAACAGUCGAUUGCUAAUAUAAGUUGUACUUAGUAUAUAAAAAAUGUGCAGACAAAUCGAGCGUUAUAGUGUUCAAAUUUAAGUCUUCAUUUAAUUAUUUACAGGGUUCUCCUGUUUAGUAAUGGAUAUUCGCUACGCUACUGAUAAUAAAUGACCACUUGCAAUAGAUUGAUUAUUAACAGGCACCCUUGUGAAAAACGUAUUAACCCUUUGCGUUUUUCCAUCUUACGCUUUUGUUUCAUUUGUUCUUUUCUCGAUAAUUGCCAUUUUAUAUUUUAUUUCACUAUUGUAAAUGAGUAAUUGUAAUUGAAUGAAAGAUGUAUCAGAUAAAGUUAAAAACUCAGAACGAGAUAUGAUAAUCGAGCUAGAGUACUUGCUCUUUGGUAAUUAGAUUCGUUCGUAAAAUUAGUCGAAGUGGAUGGAAAUGAGUCUUUAAAUUAAGAUCAUCCUUUAAUCUUUCAUUCACUCAAUGUCUCUAUUUGACUUUCUUAUCAUGUUUCGUUGGACUUUUAUAUAUUACAAACAUAUAUAUUAUAUAUUACAAACCAUGAUACGUUAUUGCAUUUCUAAUACCAUUUAAAAUACGUGAAAAAUUGGGAAAGGACAUUGGGAAAAUAUUAAAUGUAACGGAUCUUGUGCAGAUUGGCAAAGAGUCAAUCAAGUGUUUCCGAAAAUCGUACAGUCGUGUGAUUCCAGGAUGCCUGUCACGUGGAACGCGAGUCGCUUAAAGAGGCUACUUACAAACUAUUCAUAACGCUAAUAUUAGCGUGGCUACGUGACUACAGGAAUUACAUUGAGGUACGUAUAUUCGUCAAGUACGUGGGGCCCGGCCUCGCCGUACGUGUAUUAUUCCUAAAUAUAUACCUUUUAUCUUUACUCGCGAGAGUAAUCUUAUACACAGAGUUCCCCGCUCUCUCACGAGUGACAGCCAUCGAAAAUUAUCGUAUAAUUAUUGUUACGGUUAAAAAAUGCGAUUAUAUUCUUUAACGAUUGUCGUCCGGAUUUAGCACCGACCGCGUUGAGAGACUGACUUAGGAAAGAUCGAAUAAUAAUCUACUACGGGUCGUAAUAGGAGAGCUCGACGAAAAAAAUUAAUCAGAGUUCGACGAGCACAUUUGAUUCGAGACUCAUAGAUCGCGGAUAAAAAUGAAGAGGGAAUUCUUUCCCGCUCAAGGAAUUCUCUUUUGAUUCGGGAAUAUGAUUUAUUAUCGAUAACACACUUUAAUUACUUAUUAUAUAUAUCGCCUCGAUAAAUAAUACGCAUUCGUAAAAAUUUUUCAGGACUAUAUAACGUGUCUGUUUCGUUUCUUUCUCGCACAUACUUAUUGCAUGUUGGAUACAGCCAAAAGUAUUAUCAUUAACAAGAUGGCAUAUCGUAUACGUAUUGGACCGUCAGGAGUGCAGAAUUAUUGAGGUUGCCGUGUCAAACAAUGUUAAUAUAAUGCUGUAGUUGAACUUCGUGAUCGUGAUUAUUUCGAAAAAUUAAUUAUGGGAAUUUCAGAUGUGACACUGCUAAACUAUAAUAUUGAAAAAUUAAAUUAAGAUCACUAAAUCUAAAUUAGAAUUUAAAUAUAGAUAAAGUUGACAUGUAAAAGGAAUUUACAUGGAUGUGGAAGCAUUAAUUACUAUUUUAUAUAAUUACUAACAAAUAAUACUCCGACAUAUACUCU